AAAAAAGUUUUCUCAAUACUUGAAGCAAUCGACAAAUUUAGGCAACAUUUGCUUUACAUAGCACCAUAUCAAUAUUUUCUUUUCGUCUCUAUCUUUAAACAAUUGACAAUGAAAUCUGUAUUGAAAAUAUAUCCAUGGAAAUUAUUGCAACAGCAGUUAAGGUAUUAUUCCCAUCAGCAGGAAAACUAUGGGGAAAUGGGUUUAAAGUUAAAAAGGGCGCAAGAAACAAUCGAAAGAGCCAUGACGCUUUAUCAACCAAAUGAGAUGAUGUUGUGUUUCAAUGGAGGCAAAGAUUGCACAGUGCUUUUGGAUUUAUUGGCCAAAGAAACUAAGUUGUCGGGUCAUUUGCAGGCAGUGUAUGUCAAGUCUCAUGAUCCUUUUGAUGAGAUUGAACAGUUCAUCAGGAGUAGUGCAAAGCAUUAUCAAUUGAAACUAUUACGCUACGAGGGACUUCUUAAGUUGGCCAUUGAACAAGUUGUAAGCGAUCAUCCUCAGGUGCGUGCCAUGCUCUUGGGUUGCCGUUCAUCCGAUCCAUAUUGUUCAAAGUUAACUGCAUUCAUGCCCUGUGACAACAAUUGGCCCAGUAAUUUGACGAGAGUAUUUCCCAUUCUCGAUUGGAAUUAUUCAGAUAUUUGGAACUAUAUACGUCUGAAUAAGGUGCCAUAUUGCUGCCUUUACGAUCAGGGCUAUACAUCGUUGGGUGGGGAGCGUGGCAGCACUCGUGUGAAUCCCAAUCUCUUGGUUUACGAUGAAGUCAAAAACAAAAUGGUUUUUAAAGCUGCAUCUGAGUUGAAGGAUUCUCGCCUGGAAAGGGCUAAUCGAGAUGAUCUCGAACAAAGUCAUUGUAAGGAUUCAAAACAAAACUGAUUAACUACUAAAAUUGAAUUAUCCAUUUUUCUAUAUUU